AUGGGGCUGGAAGGCGGGGAGAGCCGAGCGGCUGCGGCGCGGAACGUCUCAACUACGACUCGAGUGGAUAAUAGUCAAAGUUCCCGAGCAACUGCGGCAUUUACACCCCCAACCCCAGUCCCCCGACACCCGGGGAGACAGAGGCUGGGAGAGUUUGAGAGGAGAUGCUUGCCCUGGCCCGGCCCUUUAAUCAAAUCCAUUUGUUACCACGAAGCUAAAAGGGGCCGCUGGGAUUUGGGAUUACGGGCAGAGUUAGGGAAGCUUGUGGCUUUGUCAUUCGCCAUCAUUUUGUACGCCGCCACCCGGCGAGGGGCUCUGGCUGCGGCAACUCAGGCACGCCUCAGUCAACUCAUGCAGAAAAAGGAGAAAAGUUUUGGUAUACAAAUGCUCUCAGUCCAGCCAGACACCAAGCCGAAAGGUUGUGCUGGCUGCAACCGAAAGAUCAAGGACCGGUAUCUGCUAAAGGCAUUGGACAAAUACUGGCAUGAGGACUGCCUGAAGUGUGCCUGCUGUGACUGCCGUUUGGGAGAAGUGGGUUCUACCCUGUACACAAAAGCUAACCUUAUCCUUUGUCGCAGAGACUAUCUGAGGCUCUUCGGAGUAACGGGAAACUGUGCUGCUUGUAGUAAGCUCAUCCCUGCCUUUGAGAUGGUGAUGCGCGCUAAGGACAAUGUUUACCACCUCGACUGCUUUGCAUGUCAGCUUUGUAAUCAGAGAUUUUGUGUUGGAGAUAAAUUUUUCCUAAAGAAUAACAUGAUCCUUUGCCAGACGGACUACGAGGAAGGUUUAAUGAAAGAAGGUUAUGCACCCCAGGUUCGCUGA